AUGAAUCACAUCUGCACUGACAGUCUUCUGAACAAAAAUACAACGAGGAGGAAGAUUGCCUUCUUGCUGUAUGUGGUCAACAAAUCCCGAAAGCUCUGGGAGAAGAAAUCACUCAACUGUGUCGUGCACAGAAUCCAUUAUCACCUGGGUUUGGCCACAGAACUUCGUGGAUUAUUGCCCAAAUUCACUCGUGUUUUGAACGCCAGGGACAUUAUGAGUGAUAAGAUACCUGAUAUGAGCGAGCCUGAUGAAUUUCCUUACUGCAUCUGGUACCCCGAGACCGCGAAGGAGGAAACUUACCGGGUUCUUGCUAUCCGCUAUCCGCAGAAGUAA